UCCUGUCACCUGGCAGAUCUGAGCUUGUUACACUGUAACAACGUGUAAAGUGUUUUUUUUUUGUUUGUUUUUUUGGUGAGAAAUGUUUCUCAUGUUUUAAAAAAGAGGAUCCUGCAUGAAUGAAGUCACGUGGCCAAACACGAUGACGUCUGGCUUCGAUACAAGAGAAAGGGAAUCAACAAGGAGAGCACGAGCUGGAGCGACGGGAGCGCUCCUGUCAGAGAAACCGACGAUUCGGCUGCGGCUCCGGGGCUCUUGGUCGCCCGCAUGCCGCUGUGAGAGGAGCACCGCGACGGCUACAACUCCGGAAGAGCGUCGUUUGUCAGUCAGAACAACCAGCACUACAGGUGGACUCGUGGCAUGACUACCCAAAACAAGGGAAACAAGGCCUUGAAGGUGAAACGGGAGCCGGGGGAAAAUGGCACCAGCCUGACAGAUGACGAGCUGGUGACCAUGUCAGUGCGGGAGCUGAACCAGCAUCUACGGGGGCUGACGAAGGAGGAGAUCCUGCAGCUGAAACAGCGGCGGCGCACCCUUAAGAACCGGGGCUAUGCUGCCAGCUGCCGGGUAAAGCGUGUCACCCAGAAAGAGGAGCUGGAGAAGCAAAAGGCUCAGCUGCAGCAGGAAGUGGACAAGCUGGCCACAGAGAAUGCCAGCAUGAAGGUGGAGCUGGAUGCUCUGCGUUCAAAGUAUGAGGCUCUCCAGAGCUUUGCCAGGACUGUGGCCCGCAACCCUGUCACCUCAGCCAGGGGACCAAUGGCAUCUGUCAUAGGUCCCCUCAUCCCUGGUAAAGUAGCUGCAACCAGUGUCAUCACCAUCGUAAAAUCCAAAACGGAGGCUAGGUCGUAGUAGCAAAAAGAGCGGGAGAAGGAUUUUCAAGAUUAGUCAGUGCAUUGUAACAUGGCACAGGAUCACCUGUGUAAGUUCUCAGUUUUACCCCUUGGCACUAAUCCUAAAAAUAUGCUUCCCAAUGUCACUCUUAAAGUACGACUCAGCAGUCUGCACUUGUCAACAGACACGUUGUGCUUUUAGAUGACACAAUCAAAUUGUACAAUUCAGGAUUUGACAGUUGGUUAUUUAGAAAUUGUGAUAUAUUGGCAAUACUAACACAUUUAAUUUAAAAUGUGAAUUCCGGUUGCAAGUAUUCAAGAGGGCAAUAUUGGGUGGCAUCGAUUCCCUGACUGUUAAUGGCCUGUAGAUUUUUGGUAAGAUGCUGUUUGAUGUGUUAGUUUACUGUAGACUUAGCUAUUCAGACUUUUCCGUCCUAAGAAUUGGAAAUUGUGCAACAUAAACAACAGAAAGAGCCAGUGUUUGUCUUUCUUAAAGGAGACAUCUUAUACUCAUUAUUAGAUUCAACAUUUUAUUGUGGGUUGUUAUUUGAAAAGGUUUACAUGCUCUAAUAUUAAGAAAACACAUCACUGUCCAUUGCCGAAUCGUUUCCUCUCAGCCUCUGUCUGAAGCUCCUGUCUCAUUAAGGUUCCCCCUGCCCGUAAACAAUAAUGAUGACUGGGGAAAAUAUACACUGUAAAAUAGAAGUGUUUGACCUUUGUGUAAAAAUGUCCCACGCUAGCAACAGCAACAGGCUUGAAACAAGGUCAGUAAACAGCUAGGCUAACUCAGCUUAGGUUAUUGGCAUCCCUAGUUCAUGUCCAUGUUCUAAAAUCCAAAGUCCAAAAUCAAAGAUAAAAAUAAAAUGCGAGCACGUACUGUAAGUCAACAGAGUAGCAGCAACAGUACCCAAAGCUAAUGGUCGAAAACUUUGAAGACUGUUAAACAUGUUAACAUUGAUAAACAAUAACCUUAUCUCUUGUGUUAGCUUGCAAGUUGGCCGAGGCCUGCAAUUGAGCUCCAGCUUAGCGAUAACCAGGAAGCAUGAGAUGAAAUGACUGGAAUAAGAAAAGGUUGGGGAUGUUAUUAAAAAUAAAUUUCAACCCCUGGCUCUUCAACCCAUUAUCUUUUGGAAGUGAAGACAGAGAGACCUUGCUUUUGUGCACUUAAGGGUACAAUGUCUCCACUGCAAGAUGAAGCAGCUAUUAAACGCUUCCUGAUUGCCACUCUCGAUUUACCUAGCUUUGUUAGGGUACGUGCCAGACUAGCUACUAGGUGUCCAUUAUGCAAACGCGAUGCUGAAGUAUCGGUCGGACUACUGGCUUCAGGAGAAGAGCUUCCUUUAACACAGACUUUGGGCUUUAAACUUUGCAGACCUUUUUAUAUACACAAAAAAAACUACAUAACAAACUAGAAAGAAAAAUUGGAAAAGCAUAAUAUGUCUCCUUUAAAACCCUUUUGCUUGUUAUUAUGCACUGACUUCAAUUAGGUGAUUAACAAAUGGUUGCAGGAUCGUGGUGUGGAUGCUACAGAUGUCUUCAAAACAGCCUGACUAACCCAAAACUAGUAAAUUAAUCCUAUUUGUGAUUUUGUUGGUCGUCUGUCAAGAAUAUAAACGUGAAAUAAUGCUCUCAAAUCUAGCAUUCAUUUCUGUUUAUUCAUCUGUGACAGGCUUUAAUGAACUUGUCAUUAUCAAUAUGACUGGUAGAUGCAAUAAUAUACGUAUGCACUGAAAAUACAAAGAGGUCUUGCAUAUUUAUGGUUAAGUGGAAACGUUAAAGCUGAUCAGCAUUUCGUAAUGAUUUUGCUUCAGAGCUGAGUGCCAUUCCAAUAUGAAAAGAUUCUUCUACAAUAUCUAAAAAUCUGAAUGUUAUCACAGUAAUAUCCUCAUGUAUUGUGGGGACAGUGAAAUCCACAAACAUUUUUGAAACAUA